AAACCUUGGGUUGCAGCUUUCUGCCGCAGAACAACAGAGAAAAACUGGCUGAGACUAUCGCUCCAACUCUGUGCAGCUGACAGAGAACUGUUAGGAUGGGAAACAGUGCAUUGAAAGCCCACCUGGAGACAGCACAGAAAACUGGUGUGUUUCAGCUAACAGGAAAGGGACUUACAGAGUUUCCUGAAGAUCUGCAGAAGCUCACAAGCAACUUAAGGACAAUAGACUUGUCGAACAACAAAAUCGAGCUCUUGCCGCCACUCAUUGGAAAAUUUUCCUUUUUGAAGAGCCUUGUUCUGAACAACAACAAACUGACUGCUUUACCUGAGGAGUUGUGUAAACUGAAAAAACUGGAAACGCUACACUUGAAUGGCAAUCACUUGAGGCAGCUGCCGGCUUCGUUUGGACAACUUUCGGCUCUCAAAACUCUGAGCCUUUCUGGAAACCAGCUUCGGACUGUGCCUACACAACUCUGUGGUCUUCGCCACUUGGAUGUGGUAGAUCUUUCCAAAAACCAGAUCCAAAAUGUACCUGACACUGUGGGAGAAUUGCAGGCUAUUGAGCUCAAUUUGAAUCAGAAUCAGAUUUCCCAGAUCUCGGUGCAGAUCUCCCACUGUCCACGCCUCAAAGUCUUGCGUUUAGAAGAAAACUGUCUAGAACUCAGCAUGCUUCCUCAAAGUAUCCUCAGUGAUUCCCAGAUCUCACUGCUUGCAGUUGAAGGUAACCUCUUUGAAAUCAAGAAACUCAGAGAGCUGGAAGGUUAUGACAAGUACAUGGAACGAUUUACAGCUACAAAGAAGAAGUUUGCAUGA